AUGAAGAACAGAAGGGAAUAUGUGGAAUACUGGAGCGCGAUUAUAGUGUCUCUCUUCUGGAUUCACAGCUCUGUCGGGAUGCCCCAUGUCAUACGGAUAGGUGGAAUUUUUGAACAAAUGGAUGGACCCGUGGCGCUCGUCAGCUCCGAGGAACUGGCCUUUAAGUUUGCUGUUAAUAAUAUCAACAGAAACAGGACAUUAUUGCCAAACACAACGUUAACGUAUGACAUUCAGAGGAUUAAUAUCUAUGAUAGCUUUGAGGCCUCCAGAAAAGCGUGCGACCAGCUGUCUUUAGGUGUAGUUGCCAUAUUUGGGCCGUCUCACAGCUCCUCAUCGAAUGCUGUGCAGUCUAUCUGCAAUGCCCUGGAGGUGCCACACAUUCAAGUGCGAUGGAAACACCACCCGAUGGACAACAGGGAUUCAUUUUAUGCCAACCUGUACCCGGAUUACUCUUCUCUCAGCUAUGCUAUCUUAGACCUGGUGCAGUUCCUCAAGUGGAAGACAGCCACUGUGGUUUACGAUGACAGCACAGGUUUAAUCAGACUCCAGGAGUUAAUCAUGGCUCCAUCCAGGUAUAACAUCAGGCUGAAGAUCCGACAGCUCCCUCUGGACACCACGGACACCAGACCUCUGCUCAAAGAGAUGAAAAGGAGCAGAGAGUUUCGCAUUAUAUUCGACUGCAGCCACAUAAUGGCUGCCCAGAUCCUCAAACAAGCCCAGAUGAUGGGGAUGAUGACAGAGUACUAUCACUACAUCUUCACCACUCUGGAUCUCAUGGCCAUAAACCUGGAGCCGUACCGCUUCUGUGGUGUCAAUAUGACUGGCUUCCGCAUCCUAAACGUGGACAAUCCUCAGGUUGCCUCCAUUGUGGAGAAGUGGUCCCUUGAGAGGCAGAUUCCCCCAAAACCAGAUUCCGGUCUCCUGGAAGGGAUCAUGACGACAGAUGCUGCUCUGACGUACGACGCAGUCCACAUCGUGUCGGUUUCUUACCAGCAUGCGCCGCAGAUGACUGUCAACUCAUUGCAGUGUCAUCGCCACAAACCCUGGAGGUUCGGAGGACGCUUCAUGAGUUUCAUUAAAGAGUCUCAUUGGGAUGGCUUGACGGGACGGCUGUGCUUCAACAGAACUACAGGUCUGCGCACGGACUUUGAUCUUGACAUUGUGAGCCUUAAGGAGGAUGGCCUUCAAAAGGUGGGGAAGUGGAGUGCAUCUGGGGGGCUGAACAUCACCGAGGUCCCCAGGCAGAACGGCAUGAACAUCACUGACUCACUUUCCAACCGCUCGCUGGUCAUCACCACCAUCCUGGAGGAGCCAUAUGUCAUGCUUAAGAAGUCUGACAAGGCACUCGUCGGCAAUGACCGCUUUGAGGGCUUCUGUAUUGACCUGCUUAAGGAGUUGGCCAGCAUUCUGGGUUUUUCCUUCGAGAUCCACCUGGUGCCUGAUGGAAAGUAUGGAUUUCAAGAUGAUAAAGGCCAGUGGAAUGGGAUGAUAAAGGAACUCAUGGAACACAGGGCUGACCUUGCUGUGGCUCCUCUCACAAUCACCUUUAUGCGAGAGAAAGCCAUCGACUUCUCAAAACCUUUCUUGAACACUGGCAUUAGUAUCCUGUACCGCAGACCCAACAGCACCAACUCUGGCUUCUUCUCUUUCAUGAACCCCAUGACCCCAGAUAUCUGGGUCUACAUCCUGUUGGCCUACCUGGGAGUCAGCUGUGUACUCUUCGUCAUCGCUAGGUUCAGCCCGUAUGAGUGGUAUGACGCCCAUCCGUGUAACCCAGGCUCCGACGUGGUAGAAAACAACUUCACCCUUCUCAACAGCUUCUGGUUCGGCGUGGGCUCUCUCAUGCAGCAAGGUUCAGAGCUGAUGCCUAAAGCUCUCUCUACUCGAAUCAUCGGAGGAAUCUGGUGGUUCUUCACCCUCAUCAUCAUCUCCUCCUACACAGCGAAUCUGGCCGCUUUCCUCACUGUAGAGAGGAUGGAUUCGCCCGUGGACUCAGCCGAUGACCUGGCCAAACAGACCAAAAUAGAGUACGGCGUAGUCAAAGAUGGAGCAACCAUGUCUUUCUUUAAGAAAUCAAGAGUGUCUACAUUUGAGAAGAUGUGGGCUUUCAUGAGCAGCAGGCAGAGCACGUCGUUUGUCAAGUCCAUAGAAGAUGGGAUUCAGAGAGUGUUAAAGUCAGACUACGCCCUUCUAAUGGAGUCAACGACCAUUGAGUAUGUGACACGCAGAAACUGCAAUCUCACGCAAGUCGGCGGCAUCAUCGACAGUAAAGGUUACGGCAUCGGCACCCCAAAAGGCUCACCAUACAGGGAUAAAAUCACAAUUGCCAUCCUCGGUAUCCUGGAAGAUGGCCGUCUUCACAUGCUCAAAGAGAAGUGGUGGAGCGGCAGCAGCUGUCUGGAAGACGAGCGGUAUGAAACGGGUCCCAUGGGCAUCCAGAAUCUGGGCGGCAUAUUCAUUGUUUUGGCGUCCGGUCUGGUGCUGUCAGUGUUUGUGGCUAUAGGAGAGUUCAUCUAUAAGCUGCGAAAAAAUGCAGAGCGUGAACAGGACUUUCUGCAGUGCGGUGAUGGAAGAGAUCAAACUGUCGUUCACAUGCGAGAGACGGGUGAAACACAAGCUCCACCACCAGCCGCCAGCCAUGGUGAAGACGGACGCAGUGAUCAACAUGCACUCCUUCAACGACCGUCGCCUCCCAGGAAAGGACAACAUGAGCUGCAACACCGCGAUGAAGCCCGUGUAUCCAUGACUUGCCUGGGCGACGGCCACCUGAGGCACGUCCCCGGCGCCAUGCCGGAGAGCAGGGACUACGGCCCUGAGAUGAUUACAGCAUUCACCAUCAACCGCAGAGACAUCCGACACCAAAUGGCCAGUCAGAACGGUGGCAGUAGCAGCAAACCAGGUAGUGACCACAUCCUCAAACCAAUGUAUCCCACCAUGCCAUUGCGAGAGGGAGGCCGAUCAGUAUCCUUCCUGUGAGAGCGAGCCACAUCUGCGAAACUAUCCGCACCCGAAUCUGAUGUUUACAAACGGCAUUCAAAAGCGAAGCUCAGAUCUGACUUGAAGAAGCCCCCCGAUCAAACGAAAAUAUAUGUUUCUCAUUGGAACAAUGUGAAAAUGUGGAAAAGAGGCUUUUUUUUUUGAGCAUGGCAAUAAAUGAAACUACGGACAGACUCAAAUGGAAGUAGUUUCCUUAGAGUAUCAUUUAUAGCACAUCAAGUUACUUUCGAAGAGUUCUGACGAUUUAUCUUUUGAUUUCGUCAAAAUGCUUCGGCGUUUUGGUGGGGACGCAACAAAAAAAAAAAGCGUUGUGAAUGCGAUGUACAUUACAGGUAAGCGUCGGACCGUAAGAGCAGUUUAGUUUAACACUCUGCACCACAGCAGUCAGCGUGACCUGCUAGAAUAGUAGAAAACCCUUAGACAGCAAGUUCCUGAAGGCUACAAAGAGUGUAGCGACAUCCUACGCUCACGGAAAUGCACAAACUAACAGGGUUGAUUUCAUUCGAGCCACCUAAACAAAUUGAAAAACGAGUAAAAAUUCUGUACGGCAGUUUUGAGCAAGACUUGUCCCAUUUUGAUUUAUUCAUGCUUCAUACAUUGCCAGCAGAUGUUUUUUACACAGCCAGAUCUAAUGGUAAUGACGGAUAAACACAACAGUUGCCAAAGAUCUGUCGUCCAAAUGGAUUUAGACACUUGAAACACAGCUUCCCCUACAGACAAGAGAGCGAGUGACAUGUUGCCUCCGCUGUGUUUGUUAAAUGAGUUAUUCCUGAGAAUCACAGCCCUCAUAUCAAGAAUACUCGCUUCACAUGGUACAUACAGAGGAUUCGACAAAAACACAGAGCUUGCCGUAUGGUAGAGAGAUAAUACAAAGGAAACUAAACCAUUUUAAGAUAUACAUGAUUGAGAAUGUCUCUUGCUGAGUAUCUGUUCGACAAGUCUGUUUUGAUUACAGUGGCUUACUCCAUCUGCAUCUGCAUGAGACCUUUCAGUGUCAACUUGUUUGAAUCACAGAAUUUGUAAAUGGCGUGGCCUUUGUCAGAAAAUUUUAUAAGAAAACAUCAGGGUGUUUUUUUGUUUGUCUUAUUAUUCCAUCUUUCAUUCUUGUUGUUGUCACUUUUUUUUGUUCUUAGAUUACUUAAAACAAACUCAAUGAAUGUGCUUAAAGGGAUACACUUAAAUUGAAAAUCACAUAGUUACAAAACCUUUUUUAUUUAAUUUUUUCUUCCCUGAAACACAAAAUAAGAUGUUGGACAGUGUUUCAGCCACACUUAUCUAUACAAUGAAAGCUCAAAGUGAUUUAUACUGCCAAGCUCAAAAAGGUUAAAAUGCACCUUAAACCUGGCUCUGCCAUGACAUAGAGAAAGAUUAUCUUGAAUAAUGAAUUUAGCAUUUUGGCAUGUUUCUCACAGAUAGCUCUCAUGUAGUUGCAAAUAAUAUACAAGUAUAGAAUAAUUUUAAGGCCCAUUUACACUAGGAACAAACUAUGCCAAUUACUAUAUUAGCGUCCACACCAAUGGAAUGAUAGCUGUGUCAAAAAGUGUAAUGUUCUGUGCGCAUACAGUUUUGUCGUCUGCUGUUUUAAAUGCUAAGCUCUUAAGGGUGCAUUAACGUGGUUUGAUUGCUUAUUCCAGACCAGAGUUUGACUGAUCCCCUGUCCACACACCCCUGCUGGAGUGUGUUCACACGGUAGUUUUUGGUUCCAAACCAUGGUACGUUUGCGUCAUCAGAGCGGUAGCUGUUUACCUCUGUUUCUGGGUAACAACUAUGCAGAAGAAGGCAAAGCAAAUGGAUGCUUGCUUCCUUUUUGUACUUAGAAGUUUGAAAAAUUGUUUCCAAAGCACCAACACAGAGCGGGACAUGCGUCUAUUUAUCUUGACUAUCACACAGGUUUCAGAAGAAUUCUGGAGUCAAUUUAUGAGAGCAGAAAUGAGAUACAAAUUACCUCAUAGGAAAAAGCAAGUGAGCAUUGAGAAAAUACAUAAAUGCACAGUUUAACCAAUAUGUCAUUAAUAGCAGCUAAAUCCCAGCUCAGUUGAGUACAAUUGUGUUCAAAUCAGAAGGAGACUGUACCAGAGUUCGCAUUAACCAUAUCCCAGAUCAUCCUUUUUAAUCCCAAAACACACUGCGAGAUUUUCGGCUGUCCCAGACAAAAGAUUAGGAUUGUGAAACAAUUGUGGCGAUAUCUGUGAUUAGGCUCCUAAUCGGUGGUCCUAUAUCGUAGAGUGAAGGAGGUUCAAAGACACCCAUUGUCAAAGUCUUGCGACCAAAGAUAGCCUGCAGUACAGCAUGAUCAUUGCACAGUGUGUUUGCUGGUACGGUUUACUGACCAACCAAUGAAAAUGUGACGUGGCGCUAAAACUGUUUACCUUAAGCUCUUAUCCAAACUGCUAAAGUGCGAUUUAUCAUGCUCUUUUUGUUUAGGCUACCACUAGGUAACAUGCUGAUGACGUUGUAAUCGUAUAUAGUAACGUAGGUCGUAUUGUACUGUAUGAGUUAAUAGGUGUCAUCAUUGUACAGUCUACACACGUCAUAGCCAAGUUUAUGAGAGCCACAUCACACUUAUAUGUGACAUGCAUUGAUCUUAUAGAGUUGCAAAAUUGUGCAGUGUGUCACGUGGGUGCGCAUUCAGAAUACAGUGAUCCAAAUUAACCAAACUCUGAUUUAAAAUUAAUCCAUGUACAAACCAAAAGUCAGGUGGAUUCUGAUUGGGUAUCAGCUGAAAAAAAAAAAACGUUUAAUUAUAGUUAUAACCUAUGGUGUUGGGCCUAUGGUGCCUUUAUUGUUAUUGUUGGAGUUUGGCAGACUGAAUAAUCUCCCGCUGAGACAUUCUUGAUAAAAAUGUAUUUUGGGUUUCACAGAAGAAAGAAUAUUCACCCCUUUGAAAUUAUAUUAGGAUCAGUAAACAAUGACAACCUGUGGGUGACUCGGCCCAAUCAAAAAUUCAUUUUAAGUGAAUUCAUUGAUUUCUUAUAUUUGUACAUGUUUUCUGUACACUUUUUAUCUGUAAUAGCAUUCCUUAAUCAUCAGGUAUGUUCCACGUUCCAUGUGUAUUGUUCAUAUUUUAAUUCCAUCAUUUAGGUGUGCUUCAUUUCAAAGUAUUUCCCUCUGUUCUCAAAUUCAUUUUGCAUGACUGUUCUCCUCCUGUAUCCAAACCUGACAUUAAGAUUUCAGAUAAUCACGAUGCUAGGUGUAAGAGGGUAAACGGGCUUUCACAUUUGCAAAUUUGAUUCUUCAUUCAAGAGAGUGAUAGCUACAGUAAAACUGCAAUACAAGCAUGUUGAACAUCAAAACUGCAAUACAGAUGUACGAAACUGGAUCCUCUCAUCUCAUCUUUUUUUUUCAAAUGAGCAUUUAGUGAUGGUUCUCAUAGGUAGUUGAAUCCAUGUGUUGUCUACAUAUGGGAAACUCUACUAAGCUACUAAAUGUUCUCAUGAUGAGGUGUAGGUGCUAAGAGUCUUCACCCGCUGCCCACCCGCCCACGGCAGCUCGACCAAUGACAGACCUCUGUGAGGUCAAUCUAACGGACUGUGUCGAAAACAAAAGAAAAAGCAAAAAAAAAAAAAAA